UAUAAGAAAAUAUAGGGAUCGUAAGGUUUCAGUCUUGGUAUUGAUUCUGUCUUAUUCGACUAUAUCCUGUGCAGUUCUUUCGCUUCCGGUACAUCAUGCCGUUCCAAAGGUUUGUGGAGUCGGGUCGAGUCGCCUACGUUAGCGAUGGUCCUUACCAGGGCAAACUCGUCGCAAUUGUUGAUGUUAUCGAUCAGAACCGGGUUCUGGUCGAUGGACCUGCAGCAAAUGUACCACGUGGUCAGAUGAGGUUAAAUGAACUUCAUCUUACUAAAUUCCGUUUACGUUUUCCGUAUACCGGUUCCACACGAGUUGUACGCAAAGCAUGGGAGAUAAGUGAAAUAGAUAACUUAUGGAAAAAUACUAUGUGGGCUAGGAAGGUUGCAGCUAAAAAGAAGCGUGCUGAGCUUAGUGACUUCGAUCGUUUUAAACUGAGGAAAGCUAGACAAAUAAGAAACAAAUUGAGGACAAAUGCUUUCUUCACAUUAAAAAAGAAAGCUAAAAAAGCUAAGACAACUGGUGUUAAUAAAGCAACCAAGAAAGCAGAAAAGAAGUAAUAUUAUUUUGUGGAAUAAAAACAAAAUUUUUUCGCAGUA